AUGGCUGACACAGGACUCCCUUCCGGCUGGGAGGUACGGCACUCGAACUCCAAGAACCUGCCAUACUACUUCAACGCGAUCUCCAAGGAGUCACGAUGGGAGCCGCCUGCGGGCACGGAUACCGAGAAGUUGAAGGUCUACAUGGCUGCCCACCACAGCGUACAAGCAGGCGAUCGCCAUGGAGCCAGUGGCCAGGGCGAAGGCAAGAUCAGGGCGAGCCAUCUGCUCAUCAAGCACCGUGAGAGCAGACGGCCAAGCAGCUGGAGAGAGUCGGAGAUCACGCGAUCGAAGGACGAUGCCAUUGAGAUCCUACGCGGGCACAAGCAGCGUAUUGAGGCCGGCGAAGCAUCACUGGGUGAUAUUGCGACCUCGGAGUCUGACUGCAGCAGUGCCAGGAAAAGGGGUGAUCUCGGAUUCUUUGGCCGAGGAGAGAUGCAGGCCGAGUUUGAGCAGGCUGCUUUUGCACUAAAAGUCGGCGAAGUCAGUGAUAUUGUGGAGACGGCCUCGGGUGUUCAUUUGAUUGAGCGGUUAGUUACCCGUUGCUACAUACAUGUCGCGCCAUUUCUAACGUUCGUCAUCUAG